AUGGAGACCACCGAGCUGCUCGGCCCGGUGGCUCGCUCAGCCCUCGUCAUCCUGCUGGUGCAGCUUGCCCUGGUGGCCGUCUACCGGCUGUAUUGGAGCCCGAUCGCGCACUUCCCGGGCCCGAAGCUCGCCGCCUUGACGGGCGGGUACGAGUUCUACUACAAUGUUAUGCAGGGCGGCAGGUUCUCGUUCCAUGUGCGAGACCUGCAUCGCCAAUAUGGGCCCAUCGUCCGCAUCAGCCCGACCGAGCUGCACAUCCUGGACCCGGACUUCUUCGACGUGCUGUACGCGCGCUCGCCCAACCUCGACAAGUACGACUACUUUGCCCGCCGGUUCGGCCAUGCCUCCGACACCUUCUCGACCUCGGAGCACACGCUGCACCGGACCCGGCGGAAGGCGCUGGGGCUGAUGUUCUCGGCGAAGCGCAUCGACGAGUUCGAGCCGACCGUGCAAGAGAAAAUCCAGAAGCUGUGCAGCGUGGUCGCGACAUAUGCCGACGCCGGGUCCGGCAAAGUGCUCUCGCUGUCCAGGGCCUGGAUGGCCCUCACCACCGACAUCAUCACCGAGUACGCGUUUGCCCGGUCUUAUGGCCACCUCGACUCGCCGGGCUUCCAGGAGAGCCUGCAUGACGCGCUCAUGACGGUCGACGUGACGGGGAACUUUGCCCUGCAUUUCCCCAUCAUCUUCCCCAUUCUGGAGAGGUUGCCGGUGUGGAUGGUGCGCAAGUUCAAGCCGGUGUUGCUGCCGGUGCUGGGUCUACGCCAUGACCUCGCCGAGCAAGUCAAGCAGAUCCGCGAAGGCACCAACGCGGCCUACAAAGACAAAGGCCACGCCACCAUCUUCCAUGAACUCCUCAACAGCAACCUGGCCGCUGCGGAGAAAACAGACGCACGCCUCGGCGACGAAGCACAGCUCGUCAUCGCCGCCGGCCUGCUGACCACCUACUGGGCGCUGACCGUGGCCAGCUUCUACAUCAUCAACGACCCUCAGAUCCACGACACCCUGCGCCGUGAGCUCGACGAGGCCGCCGCCGCCGCCGGCAAUGAAUCCCACCCACGCCACACCACAGACCCCCUGCUGUCCUGGCACCGACUCCAGACUCUUCCCUACCUCAGCGGCUGCGUGUACGAGGCCGUGCGACUGUCGACAGGAGUGCCGGGCCGUAACCCGCGCAUUUCGCCCGAUAAAGACCUCCGCUACGGGCCUUGGUCUAUCCCCAAGGGGACGCCGGUGUCCAUGUACGGCAUGCACGUGUUGAUGGAUGAAACUGUAUUUCCUGACCCGCACACGUUCAACCCGAACCGCUGGAUUGACAAUCCCGGUCUGGAGCGGUACUUUGUUGCUUUUGGUAGGGGGUCCAGGUCGUGUUUGGGCAUCAACCUGGCCCAAGCGGAAAUCUAUCUCGCUCUCGCGGCCGUCUUUGGCCGAUUCACAUUCGACCUGCACCACACCGACGUGACGGACGUGCAGACCGCCCACACGUACCUGCUACCCUAUCCGAAGUGGGCUUCGCGAGGCGUGAGGGCCAAGGUCACGCACGACCGUGCCGGUUAA